GUUGCGGGCGGGAAGGCGUUUCCCUGCGGGCUACCUGGCCCGCUCUCCGUCUUCCCGGGUUGCUCGGAGCAUCAGUCCCCCCCAUCGCCCCCCCUCCCAGCUUGCAUUUCUCUUAAUUCUUCCCGAGACAAGAUGGCAACGCCGGCGGCUGUUAAUCCACCCGAAAUGGCAUCGGACAUACCUGGGUCAGUGACAUUGCCAGUGGCACCCAUGGCUGCCGGCCAAGUGAGAAUGGCAGGAUCCGUGCCUGCCAGAGGGGGAAAGAGGCGUUCUGGAAUGGACUUUGACGAUGAAGAUGGUGAAGGACCCAGCAAAUUUUCAAGGGAGAACCAUAGUGAGAUCGAGAGACGCAGGAGGAACAAGAUGACCCAGUACAUCACCGAGCUCUCUGACAUGGUGCCCACCUGCAGCGCCUUGGCGCGCAAACCCGACAAGCUGACCAUCCUACGCAUGGCAGUGUCUCACAUGAAGUCCAUGAGGGGCACUGGGAACAAAUCUACCGAUGGAGCAUAUAAGCCUUCUUUCCUAACUGAGCAGGAACUGAAGCACCUUAUCCUUGAAGCGGCUGAUGGUUUUCUCUUUGUGGUGGCUGCUGAAACAGGCCGAGUGAUCUACGUCUCGGACUCGGUUACACCCGUCCUGAACCAGCCCCAGUCGGAAUGGUUUGGCAGCACUCUGUAUGAGCAGGUUCACCCUGAUGACGUGGAAAAGCUGAGGGAGCAGCUCUGUACCUCUGAAAACUCCAUGACUGGAAGGAUUUUAGAUUUGAAAACUGGCACUGUAAAGAAGGAAGGUCAACAGUCCUCAAUGAGAAUGUGCAUGGGAUCCAGGCGCUCAUUCAUAUGCAGAAUGAGAUGUGGAAAUGCCCCAUUAGAUCAUUUACCUCUGAACAGGAUAACAACCAUGCGGAAAAGAUACAGAAACGGCCUUGGCCCAGUGAAAGAAGGAGAGGCACAAUAUGCUGUGGUCCACUGUACCGGUUAUAUCAAGGCAUGGCCCCCAGCAGGAAUGACUAUACCAGAAGAAGACGCCGAGGUGGGACAAGGCAGCAAAUAUUGCCUGGUGGCAAUAGGAAGACUUCAGGUGACUAGUUCACCAGUGUGCAUGGAUAUGAAUGGAAUGUCAGUCCCCACAGAAUUCUUAUCCAGGCAUAGCUCAGAUGGAAUAAUUACUUUUGUGGAUCCAAGAUGCAUCAGUGUUAUUGGCUAUCAGCCACAGGAUCUUUUGGGGAAAGAUAUUUUAGAAUUCUGUCAUCCAGAAGAUCAAAGCCAUUUAAGAGAAAGUUUCCAGCAGGUUGUGAAGCUGAAGGGCCAGGUGCUCUCUGUGAUGUAUCGUUUUCGUACCAAGAACCGGGAAUGGAUGUUAAUCAGGACUAGCAGCUUUACGUUUCAGAAUCCUUAUUCGGAUGAGAUUGAGUAUAUCAUCUGCACCAACACUAAUGUCAAGCAGCUUCAGCAGCAACAAGCUGAGUUGGAAGUACACCAGAGAGAUGGACUUUCCUCGUAUGACUUAACUCAGGUGCCAGUUCCAAGUAUACAGUCCAAUGUUCACGAGGGGGGGAAACCAGUGGAAAAGCCUGACACCAUCUUCUCCCAGGAGAGGGAUCCAAGAUUUGCUGAGAUGUUUGCUGGCAUAACCACUUCAGAUAAAAAAAUGAUGCCUUCAGCUUCCACGACAGGAAACCAGCAGAUCUACUCUCAAGGCAGCCCGUUUCAACCAGGACAUUCUGGAAAGUCUUUCAGCUCGUCUGUGGUCCAUGUGCCAGGUGUCAACGACAUUCAGUCCUCUUCAUCAACAGGCCAGAACUUGUCACAGAUUUCUCGGCAGUUAAAUCAGAGUCAAGUUGCCUGGACAGGAAGUCGCCCUCCCUUCCCUGGGCAGCAAAUUCCUUCACAAGCUAGCAAGGCACAAUCUUCACCCUUUGCAAUUGGAUCCAGCCAUACUUACCCUGCUGACCCAGCUUCCUUCAGCCCCCUGUCCAGUCCUGCUACAUCUUCUCCGAGUGGAAACGCCUAUUCCAGCCUCGCUAACAGGACGACAGGCUUCGCUGAGAGCGGCCAAAGUAGUGGACAGUUUCAAGGACGGCCUUCAGAGGUCUGGUCCCAGUGGCAGAGCCAGCACCAUAACCAGCAGAACAGUGAACAGCAUCCCCACCAGCAAACCAGCCAGACAGAAGUGUUCCAGGAUAUGCUUCCUAUUCCAGGGGAUCCAACACAAGGGACUGGCAAUUACAACAUAGAAGACUUUGCUGAUUUGGGGAUGUUUCCACCAUUUUCUGAGUAAAUUUAUCUAGCCAGAUAACCUGUUCUGGUGCAAGAUUGGGGGAAGCCUGCUGAUGUAGUCUGGGCUCUGUUUUUUCUUUGUUUGUUUGUUUGUUUUUUGGUGUUAACAUUAUCAUAGAAGCUCUUAUCCAAGAAGCCCCCGUUCUCUUAUUUCAGAUAACUUGCUCUCCUUCCCAAUGUUAACCAUGCAAAUUCUAAUAAUUUACAUCAUAUCAGUCAGGAUUUGUGUAAGAGUUCCAUUUGUAUUUCAUUCCCAUUUGCAAAAGAAAUCAGGGAUGGAUGAGUAGAGGAAAGGAGAGGAGGAUGGGGGAGCACUUUGUCUGUGUGUGUGUGUGUGUGUGUGUGUGUGUGUGUUCUGAGCUCUUAACAUCAAAAUAUGAACCACUGCUAAUUUUCCAUUUUCAGGAAAGUUAUCUUGCUUAAAUAUUAUCCUACUCCCAACUCUCAACACAAAUCCUCCAGAUUUUUGUGGGACUUUGAACAAGGGAUAGUUAAUGAGUCAUGCAUAGCAGUCUUGGGUUGGGAUGAACUAAAAGAAGCACCAUUCAGCCCCCAUAGUUUACUUCACUGGGGGGAGAUACUUGGUAUGUAUUCUUGGAUUCGGUCACUAAAGCCCAACCAUUUAAAAAGAUCUUGACUAACAAGGCUGGAAAGAACCUCCUAUAAUUCUAAACUAGAAUUUUCAUUCAUAUAUAUGUUCAAUGUAUGGUAGCACUCACUGUGCCCAGCAACGAAAAUAGGACUGUUAUGGUUGUGUGUUAUAACCAGAUCUCACUUUGCAUUGCAACCAGGGUCAAGUAGGUUCAAUGUUUGGCUUCUUGGGGCUGCAUUUCUUGUGAUGCCUUGAUCUUGUGGGAGCUGAGCAUCAGUUAAAAUAAUAACAAAGGUUAUACUAGCCAUCCUGGAUCACAAAUAUUGUAGCCUAGAUCAGGAAUAUCUGUCCAGGAUCAUAAAGAUUACAGAGUAGAGAAUGGCUGGUUUCUCUAUUCUUGGGAUCUGCUCUAGAUUGGAACUGUGGGGUUAAAAAAAACCACUUGUGCCAUAUGACCUCAUCUUCAGCAUGAUUGUCUGUGCUUCAUUAUGCUCCUUACCGCCUAUUUAUAACGUUUUUGCAGUAAUAGAAAAACAUACAUUGCAGUAGAGUAAUAGAAAGACAUACACUGAAGUGGAAUAGUUUUGUGUUUAAAUAAAAAAACAGAGCUGUGAAAUGCUAUCACAUUAGUUUUAAAUCAACUAUUAUUUCGUAUAGUCGAAGCUCUAGCCAACUCCUUUCCAUCAGCUCUGUUAAACUUUUGGUAAAACUGUUUGGAAUAUAAGGUUGGCAUCUCUAAGUUAGCAAGGCUCUUUCAAUGAUUUUUUCCACAUUGGCACUAAAUAUGAUGCAUUCUCAGAUCGUACGGGAACUGUGAGGGGACUGACAUAUCAAUGGCAUUGAGAGAAAUGCAAUGUGGACGUGGUGCACAGAAAUUAUGUUACUGUGAAGUAUACCACACAUUGCAAAAUCUACUUGUUCAAGCCGUUGUUUGCUGUAAUGUUUGCAAGGCGCCUUACUUGAACAUGAUGUGCUUGUGACUGGGGAGAAAGAUUAACUGAAGGGCUGUGACUUUUAUGGCAGGGAUCACUAGAUAUAGGCCAGUAUACUGUGAGAUUGGGCCAGAGAUGACAUGGCUCACCCACUUCCUUGGGGAAAGAGCGUGCAUACAUGUGCUAAGCACCCUUGAUCCCUGCUGAAGAUGCACCCUGGAACCCUGCUUACAUUUUAAUGCCUUCAUCUAUCAUAUUGUCAUCUAGGCCAGUUUGAAUGUAAGGUUACAUUCCUGUAAUCUGGUGCUUUCUGGCAAAAAUGUUUAUGGUCUUUCCAACUCCAUGUUAAUUCCACCUAAACUUGAAUGUGUAUCCAUUUUUACUACCAUCUGUGUAUCUAGUAUUGUACGAAAUCAGUUCUUUUUUGUGUGUGUGUGUCUGGCUUUGAGUUUGCUGUAGGAGUGGGAAGUCUGCAGGAAGGGAAGCUGUUUGGAAAGGGAGCACGAUAACAUGGAAUUUAUAAAACAAAUCUAGAGGACAGCUGACCUAGGCUGAGAUUGGAUAAGCACUUUGGAACAGGAGAUAUUCAUGUCACAUGGUGUGUGGUCUUAGACAUCAGAUGUGAAUGACUACAUAGUCCAGUUAAUCCAACCUCCCCUCUUCUUUCUGUGAAGGAAGAAUGGCACCAGUUGAAUCACUGUGGCUUUCAGCGAAGGAUCACAUUACACAUAAAUUUACGGAAUCCCUGAUGGUCCAGAACCUAGUACCCUCCAAAUGGGUUGAGCUACAGCUUCCUUCAUCCCUGGCAGGUAUGAUGGGAAUUGUAGUGCUGUGUAUCCGGAUUAGAGAGAGGCUAUUAUAUACAAUCAGUGAUAUACUUCUUGGUGGAAUGUUACCAGUUCAGACUGCAGCUGAGUUUAUAUAUAGCACAAUAUGUUUAAGCCAUGGGUUUAAAAAUGAAUUAUUCAAUAUGCCACAGGUGACUGGGUUCACACUUAAUGCUGAGCCAUAAGUCAUGGUUUACAAACCAGUGCUUGAGUUUACAUAAUGCACUAAGCCUAGUUUGACAUGUGCACUGAGUAUUCUUAACUUUCAAUGCCCUAUCUAUUCUCCGAUGUGACAUAGUUCAGCAGAUUUGGAGUUGUAGACCUAGUACAAGUACAGUUUGGAGGCCACCAAACUGAAGAAAGAACUCUUACAUUCCUCCCUGUUACAACCAAAAAUAGUCAAUUACAACCAGGAAGAAGUGGCUGGGCCCACAGAUCUUGCUAAACCUGAGUUAACACAAAUAAUUCCUGGAUUUGCAUACCGUGCUGUAUCCAAACAAACCACAUUGUGACUUAAGGCAAUGGCCUGUUUCUCACAACACCAUGAAUUAGAAAUCAUCAACCCCAUUUUAGCCCAGUCCAGCAUAUUCUGCAAACCCAGCCAAUAUGAAUAACUAAUGUCAAGACAAGGGAUAAGUAAACAAGGGUCAAAGGAGACUCUUCUGAUGUCUGGCUCUCAUACUUGAUACAGGGAUCCAUUUUCAGCGGUAACCCCAAGUUGAGUGUAACAAGUAGCUCCAUCCUUUGGGCUGGUUUGCACAAAGCUCUAAGCCAUAAUAUGUUUGUUUGUAUUUAGCUUAAUGUAGUAUACUUAGUGUGAUAUACCUAUCCCCCAAAAAAGACACAUUUGUUUUUUUAUUGACAAAUCAUAGUUUGAAAUCUUGCUUUCUUAGAUUAUAAACUCUGUCUUGCUUUAACCAUGGCUUCAGUUUAUGUCUAAACCCAAAUUUAGAUUAUUUUUGUGUUCUGCCCACUUCUUUUACAUAUUGGCAAAAAGAAUGGAGAAAACUAAGAAUUGGCUGAAAAAGUCCUGAUUAUUUUGCUAGUUGAUUAGAUUCUCUCUGCCUUGUUCCUAACUUCUUCAAACCAUAGUUUUUAAAAACCCUAAAUUAGUAUUAUGUGUAAAUUAGCUCAGUUUGUACAUAGCAUUAAGCCAUAAUGUGGCGUGUUUAGGGCUUAUUACAGUGUUUGAACAAGAUAGCUUAAAGUUAUUGGCAACCGAAGCUACUGUGGGGUUUUUUCCCCCCAACAAAUCUGGAUUUAAAAAGCCUGAUUUUGUGUUAUAUGAGAAUUCAGCCAUUGUUUCAGUCAUCAAUAUUACAUCUAGUUGGGUUGCUUUUCCUGCUAGAAAAUAAAAUAUGGAAUUACAAGUCAACAUUUUCAAAGUUCUGAAUUCAUUUUAGUGCAGCAUUAACAACAUUGAUGGAUUUUUUUCCCCCAGCUGGUAUGGCAUAUAUAUUUUAUGUGCAUUGUACUCCUUUCAUCCCUCCUUUCCAAACGUUUGGCAGAUGUGCAGUUAUCAAAAUCAUACUGUCUAUAUAAUAGAUAUUUUUGUUUAGACCUGAUAAGUUUGUUUGGGGGACAGUAAGAAAGGAGAACCUGGCACCUUAGCUCUUCAAAUGGAGGGAGGCAUUACUAAACGUGGAUAGGCGAGGGAUACAGUGAAGACAUUUUGCUAUGACUAUGGGGGAGCAAAUAUUUUACAUUAUCCAUCUGUGCCUUUAGCUUACCAGUUGCAUGGACACAAGCCAUUGAUUAUUAGGUCCAGGCAUUCUCUGGUCACUCUUAAUACAAUAUUGAUCUUAGGGGAGAAAGUAAUGCAAAAUAGUUGAGAUAUCCUGUUGGGGCUACUGACAAAUUAAUAUAAAUUGUCAUGUUAAAUAAUUUUAAUAUGAAUUGAGUUUACACAAAACACUUAACAGUUAUGUGGUUGAUUGGUUGUUUUUUGGCUUGGUGCUAUGGAUUAGUUCCACUCCUAACUAUAUUAUUUGGCCCAACCUAGAGCUUUGAUCUGACAAAUUCUUCCAAACUUCUCACCACCAUCCCAUUCUCUUCUAGCUUCUGCCCAAGUUUAGCCUUCUGGUCCUUCCUAGAGGAAGGCAAGAGGAAAAUAUUUUUGAAAAUAUUUUCAUUAGCAACCUUAUCUUCUACUGGAAUAACUGGUGAAAUCAUCUGUGCUGA